UCUAUGGUCCGGCUUGACAAUCAAUCAACUGGUUAUAUUUUUUAUUCAGUGUUGUUUUGUUGUUUUUAUUGCAAAUAACAAAUACGUUUAUGAUGAUUCAGUGAGUGAAAUCUGUGAGGAAUCCAAAACUGGCGACGCGAAGGCCCAAGGAUGUGGGUGCCGUCGAAAACUCCUAAACUCGCCGUCGCCGUUUUUAACUGGAAGGGAGAUGUCCGAUCAGGACUACCUCUGGAAAUUGGCGAGACUGUUCAAAUAUUGGAGGAAAAUGGAGGCUGGUACCGAGGCUUUAGCAGCAAGAAUAGGUCAGCGUGGGGCAUAUUCCCUGCGGCUGUCAUCUCCAUUAGACCUUGCACCAUCAAGGGAACCGGAGCCACGGCUAUAUGCGAGCUGAAAGACGACCCUUUGGUGCGCGAGAUCGCUUGUGUGCUGAGAGAAUGGGCGCGACUGUGGAAGAAACUAUACGUGGAACGUGAAACCUACCGGUUCAGCGCAGUGGCGAAGGUUAUGCGCGAGCUGCUCAGCGGUCGCAGGGCGUUGCUAGCUGGCACCCUUACCCAGGACCAGACUCGCGCGUUGAGAUUGAAGCUCGUCGCCAAACUCGACUGGGGCAAUCGGAAACUUGGUCUGGAGCUAGUGCCACGGAAGGGCGCAGAGGCAGUGGACCCUGAGGAUAUCAGCCUCGUAGAGCUUUACAGAGUGCAUGUCGAGAGUGCUGAGAGAGCGGCAGCAUGGCGCGGCACGCUGCGUCGGGCCGGUGGUUCCGGCAGCAGUUUCAACUCCGGGACCCUCACCAAUGGCACCACUCCCACCACCACCACUACAGUACAAUCCCACCACCUCAUGUGCAGUAUGAGAGACUUCGGUCACACGGCCGGCGGAGACGAAGCAGAACUGCUACUAUGGCUUCAUGAUGCGAGACGAGGUCAACCUUUGUCGGAGAGAUUUAGAGUCAGAAUAGCAAGAGAUGGGUUCUCAAACUACGUGGAUCGACUGCAUGCGAACAGUACUUUGUUUGCGGACCUAUCAACAACAGACCUGACGCGCGAGCUAUGGCUAGUAGCGUGGGUGAUCCGAGUGGGUCGAUGGUCGGGAGCUGGCAGCAGUGGAAGUGGUACGGGGGAAAGACGCGGGCCGGUUGCUAGGCGACCGCUAGGUGCUGGAGUUUUGUCUCUCACCGAGUUCUUGCGACAGCCCGCGCAGAGCUCUGUUGAGAAGGAGUAUACCUUCAAAGUAUAUCAAUGCGAAGAGAAAGACUUCCAUCAGUUACAUGACAUGCUUAUACGUAAACAAACAAACAAGUGCAACAUCCUUCCCGGACAACCAAAUUACGGAAUAGUGGUAGCACUCCGUCUGCUGACCAACUCGGGCAGCAUAUCAGAGGCAGUGGCAUCAGGAGCCACGGUGACUGCCAAACGAGGCUUCCCUGACGUCAUCAUGCCUGGGGACGUCCGCAACGACCUCUACUUGACCUUGGAGAAAGCAGAGUUCGAACGCGGUGGAAAGAGCACCGCGAAGAAUGUCCUCGCUACUGUCAGUGUGCUCGAUAGUACUGGACAAGUUAUUCAGGACUGCGUAUGGGGCGCAAGUGGCACAGGGUCCACUUCCUACGAGUCCCUAGUGUUGUACCAUAAUAACAGCCCCGCCUGGGGCGAACAACUGCGCCUCACUGUGCCGCUGGACACCUUCACCAACGCACACGUGCGCCUCGAGUUCCGACAUUGCUCCACUCGAGACAAGAACGAGAGGAAACUUUUCGGGUUUGCUUUCGCCCGCCUAAUGGAAGCGAGUGGCGCUACAUUGCGAGACGGAGCUCAUGAACUCUACGUAUACAAGUGUGACGAUCCUAACAAACUAGCCAAUGCGACCUAUCUGUCUCUCCCGUCCUGCGCUAAUGACACGGGCCGCGCGGCACCCGUCAACGGCGCCGUUGCGUCCUUUCAACGCAGCUCAAAAGAGAACUGCACUAUUAGCACAUUGCUGUGCUCUACGAAACUCACACAGAAUGAGGAUCUACUAGCGCUCCUACAAUGGCGUGCGCGACCAGAAAAAGUUCAAGAGACAUUACUGCGAGUGUUGCGAUUGGGCGAUGGCCUCAGUUGCGAAGAGCUGAUCAAGUUCCUUAGGGAUGUGCUCGACGCUCUGUUCGCUUUGUUUUCUACUGAAGAUGGCAACAGCACUCCUCACUCAGGCACGGUAUUUCUAGUGCUAGUUUCAAUCUGCAGUCUACUAGACGAGAGUCGCUUCCAACACUUCCGUCCUGUGCUCGACGUCUACAUUGAAGAACAUUUCUCCGCUGCAUUAGUCUACAAGGGUUUACUCUCUUCAGUACAACACUGCGCAGAAUGGGCAGCGGGCGCGGAAGGACAGGAACCGAUCCGCAAAUGUCUGCGGUCCCUCGGCGCGGUGUUCCGUCUAGCCGUGCGAUCUCGGCGGCUGUUCGCCAGGGCCACCGGUGGACAGUAUGAAGACAGCUUCAGAAGAGAUGUCCGUGCCGCGUUAAAUGCUCUGAAGGCGCUCGCUCAACAUCCGCAUAGAGAACACUUAGCACCGGCGCAGGUAGCCCUAAUGACCUCGUGGGCCAGUGUAGCUAAGGAAGUAGCAUCAGCCCUAGGUCCGGUGGAAGCGGCGCGAGUGACGGCUGCCAUGUUGGACGCGCCCGCAGCCAACGCGCCGCCAGCCUUGGCCAAGGCUCGCCUGGCCGCGGCGCAGGAGAUCUUGAAGGGACCUUUAGGGCAGGAUCCUGAAGCCCGCAACAUAGUCCUCACAACGGCAUGCCACCAUCUUCGCAUACACCUUGCCCGACGCGACGAGCUAGCACAAUGCGCAGAGAUGCUAGGAGAACUUGUAACGUUACUAUGGAAGAAAGAGGAUCCGGAACAACCGGAUGACCCGGACGAAAUAGAUCCGGACGUCGAUGUGUUGUGCUUAAAUACAUUGGAUGUGUUGGUGGAAACUGUUCUGCAUUUGAUUGGCGGCAAUUCUCCUGUACUGGGUUCAAUGGUAGCUGGCCUGCUAGGCUGCAUGGAGCUCUUAAAGCCGGAGCACUACCAGCGUCUGUGGAGCCACCUGGCGCCGCAUCCUCACGACCGCAAGCCGCUGAAGGACUUCCUCAUGCGCGCCUUCCUCGUAUUUCGGCAUCUUAUUGAGCAAGACGUUUUCCCAGCAGAUUGGAUGGUUUUGCGAGUGCAGAGCUGCAAAGUGUUGCUGUCGGCACUUCAAGACUUAGCCAAACCGUUGCUUGAGAGAUUUAUGGGGGAAGAACCGCCGCAAUUUGAUUCGCAGCUGUGGUCAGGCUAUAUGGAGUUGGGUGUGGCUCUAGUAACGUCGACAGCGUUACAACCAGAACGCUGGGCCGGUCGCGGCCCCGAUAGACCGCGAAUGAGGGCCGAUGCCGGACUGCAAGUCUUAGCUGUGUGGAGUCGACUUGGUCCUGCUCAACUGCACCUAGUCCCAGGCGCAGUGGGUGCCCUACUAGAGAUAACCCUAGUAGGGGAGCUGCGUCGCGCGGCGCUGGGAGCACUGGUGUCCCUCAUGGCCUGCGAGCGUGCCGCCUCGGGCUCUGCGCGACGGACUGAAGCCGCCCUGGUGGACAAGCUGGACUCGCUCGUCGCUGACAACAAAGCCGAUGACCACUACCGCCGGCUGUUUGACACUGUUCUAAUGGAGCGAGUAUCGACCGAGGGCUGGCGCGAGGCGGGCGCAGCGUUCGUUGGGUGCGUCACGCGGUUGUUGGAGCGACUGCUGGACUACCGCGCCGUCAUGCAAGGCGCCGAACACAGGGAUAAGAGGAUGGCUGCCACUGUCAAUUUACUUAACUUCUACAAGAAUGAGAUAGAUCGCAAAGAGAUGUAUCUUCGCUACGUAUACAAGUUGCACGAUCUUCACAUCGCAUCGGACAAUUUCGUCGAAGCUGGCUGUACAUUAUUGCUGUACGCAGAAACGCUCAGUUGGGAAAGCGAUCAAAUUGGAGUAGAUCCAGAAUACCCUGACACACCCGAAUGGAAACGCAAAGAAGCCAUAUACAAUCAAGUCUUGCAAUACUUCGAUCGUGGAAAAUGCUGGGAAAAAGGCCUGCCUCUACUUCGCGAGCUGGCCACGCUAUACGAAGUGAAGCUGUGCGACUACGGGCGCCUGGCAAGCUGUCUGCGCACACACGCGACGUUCCUCGAUUCAAUUCUACAGCAACUCAGACCUGAGCCAGAGUAUUUCAGGGUCGGCUUCUACGGGAAGGGAUGUCCGCUAUUUGUGAGGAACAAACAAUUCGUGUACCGCGGCCACGACUACGAGCGCAUAGGUGCGUUCACACAACGCUUGCAAUCGGAGUACUGUUCCGCUCACAUCCUCAUGCGUAACACACCGCCGGAUGACUCCAUCGUCGCCUCUGAUGGACAAUACAUCCAAAUCUGCAACGUGAAGCCGGUGGCAUCACGCCGCAACUGGCCGUCUGGCGCGCCGGAGCCUGUCAAGCGGUUCUACGCCUGCAAUGACGUCAACACCUUCCUCUGCGACCGACCGCUGCACAAGCCGCCCAUUGACAAGGAUAACGAGUUCAAGAGCCUCUGGAUCGAGCGCACUACUCUUAUCACGGAGAAUGCUCUGCCUGGUAUACUGCGGUGGUCCGAGGUUGUAUCUAGAUCCGUGGAAGAAAUACCACCCGUUGAAUUCGCCUGCGAAACCAUGGAAGCGACUGAACGCGAGCUCCGCAGCUUAAUCUCUCAAUACACCGCGGACCCGACUAGAAACAUCAACCCGUUCUCCAUGCGACUUCAAGGCACGAUUGAUGCGAAUGUCCAAGGAGGCAUAUCCAAAUACGAGCAAGCAUUCCUUACGUCAGAGUUUGCGAGGACUGCGACGCCGAGGGAAGCGGCGGCUGCGGCCAAGUUGAGGAGACUGGUGGCGUCGCAACUGGCUGUAGUCGACGCCGGGUUGAACCUGCACGGAAGACUCGCACCGGAGGAAGUCAAGCCAUUGCAUAGACGCUUGGUGGAAAGAUUCAAUCAAAUGAGGCAAAACUUGGGUCCUGGAUUAGCUCGCGCAAGACGACAGCUAUCAGAGAGUAUCGUCAACACACCACUACCACCGGUUCCUAUGAUGGACAAACGAUCUCAAAGCAUCCAGCAGAGCGACAGCUUUUACGAAGAUAGUCAUCUGUAUAACAAGCCUAUUUACUCAAUGGAAGACGCGUGCGAGCAGCAGAGCAGCAUAAUGUCUCACAGCGUGCCGGUGAGCGACAACCGCGAGACAGUAUCAGACGACAUGGUCAAGUCUGCGCCGCCGCUGCCCGCCAGGCCUAAAUCAGGUGAUCCAAGGAGCCCGACGCGACCUCAGCUGGAGAAGUAUCGCGAUUCAAUUGACGGCGAGGUAGUGGAGACCCGCCGCCACAGCCGCGCCUCCUGGAGCGAGCCAGGCGACGCGCCGCCGCUGCCGCCGCGAGUGUCAGGAGCAGACAAAGCGCGUACAUGGAACGAGGCCCCGCCCGCGAUACCGCGCCGCGCCACUCGCAACCUGGACGCCCCCGACGACCGGCGCUGCGACGACGCGCGCGACUCCGGCGUCAGUAUCGACCACAACUACACCAACGCCGACGAACACAGGCACAAUCAUAACGAUCUGGAUCUAACAGUAGACUCGCUGCGCUACGAGGAAAUAAUCUCGAUGAUGUCUGAGCCGCUGCGGGUCGAUGAAGACGACAUGCCGCCACCUAUACCACCCAAGGGGCUCGGACACCUCAGCAGCUUCGACUCAGGACAUCAUGAGAACGGGGAGUCCAAUUGCUAAGUACAUAUAUGACCUUAUGACAUACGAUAGAAUAGUUACGGAUCCAGAAGUUUGGUUUCCAGAAGGGGCGUGGUUUCAAAUUGUACUGGGAUCUUAGUCAAGUUACAACAAUUAUUAAAAAAAUGUAUGGAAUUGUCUGUCACUUUAAGUCAAUCCCAUACAUUCAUAUCACUGUCACUAUUGGUUGUCGUAAUCGUUUUCAACUUGGCUAAACCCCCCGUAUUACUAAGUAGGUGAUUCUGGCAUACGAAAAAACUAAGGCAAAUUAUUAUUAUUAUUAACGUUACCACCAGAGUAUCGCGAGACGAAAAGCCAUAACGUGUUGUGAAAACAAAGCUUAUGGGGCUAUUAGUGAUUGAGACAACAUUUAGAAUACUGUCGUUAUUACGACGCGUCAAGUUAAAAGUACAGAAAGAAUACAUCUAAAGCUGAACUAACACUAACGAUUAAAAAAUUACGGGGCAUGUUCUAAUUAAAAAAUAUAAAUAAAGACUUCCUAUAUUUGGUCUUCGUAUAUCGUGUUGUAAAAUUAAUUAUUAGGUAUCGGGAAAGCCAGUUGAUUGACCGGCGUAGAGAACGACGCAGCUAGAAUAGCUAACGCCUGUGGCAUUGUUCAUAGCAUUCCCGCUCAUAAGUAACAUUGCUUAUGUUAUUGUAGAUGUAACCUUCCAAAUAACCAAUGCAAUUGAAUAUGGACUUUAUUUAUAAGCGAAAUAUACGAUUAUUUCGGUAGGUGCAUAUCAUUCUUUUAGGUAUAGAAACGUGUGAUUUCUGAGAUUUUUUCGCGAAGAUAUGCAUUUAAGUUAAACUUCCAUACAUCGGGGCCAUAAUAACAGGUGAUAAACGUUAUAAAAUAUGUUCUAGGGUUAAUUUACCAAAAUAAAAUUACUUUUCACUACCUUUUGACGAUAGUACCAAUCGAAACACGGAAUGGAAUUUAAACGUUAUUUUAUGACCAAAAAUAUUAUUUUAUUGAUUAUUUUUUAUCUAAUCAUUUGAAAUUGGAAUUGAUAAAGGAAUGAAUUAAUUUUAAAUUUUAUUUUAAAUGUAUUUUUAUUUAAUUUGGAAUUGGUAUGUGAUAAUGAAUGCUAAAACUGAACUGUUUCCUAGAUGAAAGUAUUAAUUUUAAAUUAGGUUUACGAAUUAUUAUGAAGUAGGUUACGCCAUUACACUCCUAUCAAACCGUAAUCAUGUUUUCCUUAAUCUAUAGAAGAAUUUUGAGUUUGGCAAAAGAAAGUAGAAAAUCAAUUAUCUUAUAACUUGUACUCUUUAUUGCCAAACAUUAGUAUAGUAAGCUGUUUGCCGUACGAAAAAUUAUGGGCGAUUCUUUCUAUGCUCAAAACGCACUCGAUAGUUGAGUUUAGUCACAAAUUCUACAAUGUGCGCGCAACCUUAAGUCUGAUGUUAUUUUCAACACUAGACUCUUAUAAAUAGCUGAUUACACUUCUUAAGUACAUAAAUAACAAUGCAAUAUAAAGAGAAAAAGAUAGAUAAAGGAAGAUAUACAUAUUAAAGGUAAAUGCGUAUCCAAUACAGUAACGUAAUGGGUAUUUAUUCUAUUGACUGAUCCGCCAAUUUAUAAGAGUCUAGUACAUCUUACAAACCAAUGGUGCAAUUUUAUUUAGUAUUUUAUAUUAUUAUACUUAUAUUAUAGUCUAAGUAUAACGGCUUACAUUUUUGUAGGCAUAACAAGUAUACUAUAUUUCACAAUAUACAUUUCUUCAAAAUAUACAAUCAUUUCAUUAUACAUUUUUUAUCUAAGUGGUUUGUGUAAUGAUAGCUAACUUAACUGAUCUCGCAUUUUUCGAUAAUAACUUUUAUAAGCGUGUAUAUUCAAGUAAAUUAACGAUAAUUGUCUAAAUAAACUAUUGUUCUAAAUUUCGAAAAAAUGUGCUAUGAGUAGGGUUGACAGUGCUUAGAGAACAUGAUGAAAUGACAUAAACAAAUUCAAGUAUAAAUACUUCUCAGUGGCAGAAAACUUGUAUUAUACAGCUAGUAUUUUAUUUACAUUUACAUACAUAAACUCACGCCUAGUUCGAAUCUUUUUUUUUUGACGAGACUUAUUGUGGAUUUGCCGCAGAUGGCAUUAACUAAUUGGCCGGACAAAUGGGGAGCACUGAAGGCUCUCACCCGGUACAAAAUUUAAGACAACAAGCCUGAGGGUGGCCUGUUGGGCGCGAACCUCGGCUCAGGGCGUCGUUUGAGAGGAAGAAUAUUUGAAAGAAUUAAUCUUCUCUAGUGGGUAGAUAGCGAUAAGCGCUGAUUGAGGGAAAUCGUCAACCACGCCGGCGGGGUCGGUAUCGAGGUUCUGAAGCUAUUUCCCAUCGGAUACUUGGAUCCUGACACACUUCUCUUGCUUCAGUUCAGAGUAGGUUGUACUAUAAAUAAACCUUUUAUGAGGACAUCUCUAAUUUGGUCAUUGUACGUCUUUCUAGGUUUAGGUAUUUUAUUUACUUACUUUUAAAGUAAAGAAGUGCAUCCAAAGCCAUGAAAGUGGCUAUAGUAUCACUUAAUUUUUGAAUGGUUUUGGUGAUUGUUCAACGCACUGUCUUCCCUAUCUCAUUUGCUUUGAAGUGUAGUAUUUUUGCGAAAAGCGAGUAUAACAGUUACGAGUAAAAAACGCAACAGUCUUUCUUGCAAGUCUUUCCAAUAACCAAGUGAUAUUUUCAUACUAUACAAUGAUACUGUAGUAUUUUUUAUCUUGUAGCUCUAAGUAUGUUAGCGAGUUGACAUCUCCAACGAACAACCAAUUACUGUGUCUAUUUAGCCGUAUGUUAUUUCUGCUGCGGAAUACUUGGAAAGUAAAUUAUAUCAAGUGUUUAAAAGAUGUUGGAUAAAUGACGAAUAUAUAUGGUUAGUUUCCAACUAGUCAAAUCAGUUUUUACUAAACGUAAAAAAUGAAAUGACUAUGUAAUUUGUAUGAAAAAGCACACUGUGACGUCAUUGGAAAACGUGAUGAAAUGUCGGACUUAUUACCACGCUUUUCUUGAUAAAAAUUCGUAAAUAAGUUAAAUAGAAAAUGUUUUUCGUCAGUUUUAGGUCAGGGUCGUUAAAAAGGCCACAUCUGAAAAGGCAAUAUUGCUAUUUGACAUUUGUUUGCAUUGCGCACUUUUUAUAUGCCUUUUUAACCCCCCUGUCUUUAUAUAGUAAUCAGAAUUUCAAUUAUAGUAAAAUAUGUGCAUUGCUAGUAAACGUAUUUUGUAAAUACUAAUCAAAUAUACUUUUGUUUUAACCAUAGUAGAUAGCUAUUUCUAUUACUUAUUUACGAAUACGUCGCGACAUUAAUUAUCUUUCAACAACUUUUAUCCACAAGAGAAGAUAGGAAGUGACAUCUAACACAUAACAAUAUAACACAUAACAUACGACAAGCUCACGACUAUAUCCCAAUUGGGGUAGUCAGAGGUACAUCCAUCGCAAGAUGAACUAAGUACUCACGCCUCAUUGAGCUUUCUGUUAGACCAACUUUGUGUUUCCGUUGUGUAUUAUUUCAAACACGGAUAUAAUUUAUCUUCCACGUGUUUCAGCAACACAAUGCAAUCAUGAAACUGUUUACAAUUGUAUUUUACUAUUACUAUUGUGUAGUGUUGACGUAGUUGUAUGCCUGGACACUAUUUUGUAUAUUAGAAAUGAUAAGAUUUAACUCAUUAAUUGACACAUUUGAUAAACUUAUCUUUUUUCUUAUAUUAUAUUGACCGAAAAAUAUAGUUCAGUUGGCAACAUUUCAAAAGAAGUUGGUUAGGUAACGGCUUUAUUGACUCGAAUAAGAAAAAACUUGCACGGAAUACCAGUUACAAAAGAAAAUAUUAUCCUACAUCCUAAAAUAUUUAUCCUCGCCGAACUGAAUAUCUUAGUAUUUGAAUUAAAGUUUUCUUUUUUACGACAAAAUUUUAUCAAAUGUGACAAAGUUUUUAUUACCUAUCCUAAACUCGAUUUCUAUAUGUGCUUUUAUAAUAAAAACAUACUUAUUCAAAUAUCAUGCGUGUAAUGUUUAAAUCUGAGAAUAAGCUACGAGAAGGUUGAAUGAGAUAUUUAGGAUUUUUUUUGUUUCAUUUUACCAAAGUUACACAAUGUUUCGGAUAUGAUUUAUUACGAAUUGCUUCUAGGAAAUAGUGUGCUGAUUCAAGUACACACCAUCUGAUUUAAAAUUAUACCUGUCAUUUUCUUAUCCGCCGAAAAGGAAAGGGACGGAUAAUCGACAGGCAUAAAAUUUAUGGAACACACGUCAAUUUUAUGCACAAAUCUAAAACAACCUAAAAAAUUUACAUUAGCCAAUAACCCGACAGAAUUCAGUUGACAGCACACGUCAAACGGGUUGCGUAUCAGCGAGAUUCCUAUAUGAUUCGCCCGCGUUAUACAAUCAUUCACUCAUUCUUUUUAAAAUGAACGUUGGAACUUUCCUUUUCGGCGGAUAAGAAAUUGACAGGUAUAACUUAAAAUUAGUUGGUGUGUACUGGAAUUAGCACCAAUGUGUCGCUGUACAACAAAUAUUAAGUUACCUAGGUUUGAAUGGUUUGACUGAUAUACUCUAGUUAUUUAAUGAAUUUAUAAAGUGUGAUUGAAUAUUGUAUUCUUUUACGUUAAUGUUACUAUAUUUCUCAGUAGAAUAGUCUUUAAAAUCUUUAAAAUUAAAUAUCAUAUUGUAUAGACAUACAAUAUGAUAUUUAAUUUUAAAUUUGUAAUCGUACAUACCAAAAAAUUCGUCAGAUAAUCUUGUAAUAAUGAAAUUAUUAUCUCCAAUUGAUUUGUAUUUUAUCUUUAUGGCGUCAUGCAAGUUGACUCUCAAAGACAUUUUUCAUUUCCGUUCCGUUUCAGUUCCAUUAAUUAAUUAUGCGCAAUUAAGUUAGUUAAUAUAAUAAAUAACCUAAAAACAGAAUACUUAAUGGCGAGUGGAUGUGAUCUUAAGAAAAAGUCAUUCCAAUUUUUUUUUAUCAAUAUUAUAUUCAUAAGCUCAUGCCAUUUUCCUUGUUGAGAAUUUACAGUGUAAAAAAAUCAAUUCAGCUACUUUCAGGGUACCAUAUUAUUAUAAUGUGGUAUGAAAAGUAAAAAAAACCUACUUCUUCUUUUAUGACGAAGACAAGGUAUUUACCUACAUGCAUUGUAGGGUCAGUUAAUAAAAAAAUAUAUAAUAUAAAUUUGUCUAAUCUAUUUUAUUAGACAAAGUUAUACUAACAUUUUUUUUUUUCUAUAAAUUGUGUACAAAAUAGUCGAUAUCACUUGAAUUAUCUUGGAAUUCAACAUGAAAUAACUGAAAUUUCUCAAAUUGUAUGGCGCCAUGUAUUUUGUAAUUCAUGUGUGAAUUGUGUAACAGUAUGGCUCAAGGUACUGUUUGUGAUCGUGGGAUGUUGGUGUGAGCUGACGAUGUCUAGGUGUAGUGUAGACGGUCGCCAAAAUAAAUUGUCCAGUACAAAGUGUAGGGGAUAUUUUGAACGUAACUAUAGCAGUGUAGCCAUUAUCGAAACGUGUAUGUAAAUGGGCGAAAUAAAUAUUUAGAUGGAAGCAUG